GAGUUUUAAUAUUAAAUGAUUUGAAUCGUCUUCUUCCUCUGGAAAUUUCAAUCGAAACUAUAUCUUCAGAGAUGCAUAAUCUGUGAAAUUGUAAAGACGAAUUUUAAUAUUUUGUGAAGAAAUGGUGACGCAGAUAUUUCAGUUGCCGUUACAGUACUGUGUUUCGAGUUUUUCUUCCGCCGGCCAGCGGAAUUACGGUGUUUCUUCGUCGCUGUCGCCGUCUCCGGUUGUUAUUUGUAAGAGUAAUGGAAUUUCCGAUGAUCUUUGGGUUAAGCGGAGGAAGAAGAAUCAGAGAUUCGGUAGUUUGAUAGUUAAGCAGGAGAAAGGAGACGUGACGGAGAUUCGAGUUCCGGUUCCGUUAACAUUGGAGCAACAAGAGAAGGAGAAACAAAAUCGAGAUGAUGAAGAAGAUGAUGACGAAGAAGGAGAAGUAGAUCCUGAAGAUCUCAAAUACGUCAAUGAAAUCAAACGGGUUUUGGAGCUUCUUAGGAGGAAUAGGGAUAUGAUCUUCAGUGAGGUUAAGUUGACAAUUAUGAUUGAGGAUCCAAGGGAAGUGGAAAGAAGGAGGCUGCUUGGGAUAGAAGAUGCAGAUACUCCAAGUAGAGAGGAUUUGGCUGAAGCACUGGAGCAGGUAAAUGAUGGGAAAAUCCCUAAAGAUCGUGCAACUCUUCGGAUGCUGCAUGAGGAAAUGAUCCGUUGGCCAAAUUUAGAGGUUGAGGUUUCAAAUAAGCAACGAGGAAAAUCAAUGUACGCUAAAUCCACAGACACUGGAAUAGAUCCAAAAGAAGCUGCCAAGAGACUCAACAUAGAAUGGGAUUCAGCUGCUGCAAUUGAAGAAGCCGAUGUCGAUGAUGAACAAGGAGUAGUAACCAAAGUCGCGGGCUAUGGAGCAUUGUACUUUGUCUCGGCUUUACCAGUUAUCAUCGGUAUCUCUGUUGUAUUGAUUUUGUUUUACAAUUCCCUACAGUCGGGAAAUAAAAUGGUGGCUGCAAUUCUUAUGCCAACGGUUAGCUUCAGAGACGAAAGUUCUCGUGAGGAUUGGCAAGUUCUAAGCAGAAACGAUUCGAAGAAGAAGAUUCUGGUCAAGCAAACGAGUAUGAUGCAAUCCGAGAGAGAGAUAUCGAUGGAUCCAAAAUCAAUCAGGUCGUUGUCUUUUUCAGGUUCGUUGAGAAGGAAUGAUAGCUUCGAUAUGAUUCGUUUACCGGCGAUGUCACCCCCUAGAGACUUAGAUGCGCCUAUGGCUAUUCCUUUGCAGCCAGUGCAGACUAAGUUUGUGAGCCGUAGCCUCCCAAACUCAACCUCUGCAUCUCCUAAAAAACGUUCAGGUCUCAUGCGGGCGCUCAGAAACAAGGAACAAGACAGCCUCCCAAACUCAACCUCUGCUUCUCCUAAACAACGUUCAGGUCUCAUGCGGGCACUCAGAAACAAGGAACAAGACUCGUCUUCAGCGUCAUACAAGAGAAGCAAAUCUUGUGGGUCUACUAACAAGAGACUAUCUCUUAAGAGCAGCGGAAUCAGAAAUUCUUUCUUCAUUAAAACCGAAUCGAACAAGAACAUCAGCAAUAAUAAUACAUUAGAAGACAGAUUCAAAUGCAACGCUCUAUGUUUAUUCCUCCCCGGUUUCAGUAAAGAAAAACCGAUCAGAUCAUCACGGAAAGAUGAUUCUUCUUCCUUCACCCGAACCACCACGAUGACGAGAUCAUCAUCAUCGACCAUUACCGUUUCAAGAACAGUCUCCGUCAGAGAAUCCACCACCACCACCACAGUGAUCUCAGCUCGGGCUUCAAUGGAGAAAUUCGAUUGCGGCUCAUACACUUCGGAAACCGGCGGAGAAGAAGGAGAAAAUCACUUCUUUGACUUACCAUCCGAGCUAAUCAAAAGCGGUUCAGGUGAUAACGACCAUGAUGACCCGGUUUCAGCGGCUUUCGUGUUCGACAAGGAACCUGUUGAGAAAGAGAUCAAAGGGGUUCUAAAGGUUUCUGGUUCGAGAAACAGAAAAUCGAUGGAGUCUUCUUCACUGCGUCAGGUUCGAUUCUCCACGUCAUCGCCCGUUUCAUACCCAACGUCUCCGGUAAUCUCUCCACGGUUGUUAGAAGCCACCAAGAAUUUCAAUGCUUUCUUGGAAGCUCAAGCCGAUUAAAUGAUGAUGGAGUCUUAACUACAAUAUAAAAUAUAAGCUGUAAUAUCCCAAAGUCUUGUUAAAUAUUUUUCUUUGGGAAAUUAAUAUCGUUUUUCACCUCUAAGAAAACUAACAUUUUUAC